AAACCAGACACUCUGCCCGUCUAAUAGUCCCAAAGAUACUCCCCCCGCCCACCUAAACAGACAGAAAUGGAAACGGCGGCGACCGGUCCCUUGCCGGAGACACUAUCGGCUGUGAUCCAAGAGCUGCUGCGGGGCCAGGACUCCGCAAAGAAGCUCCGGGACCUCCUGCGCUCCCCCGUCGACCUUAAGCCGCUCAAGGAAGAAGAGGAUAGAGGAGGAGAAUUAGCAGGCCUGCCUCGUCCACCCCCGGCAGCCGAAGAUCUCGUCGGAGACGUGUUCCUGUCGUUCACCAGCGCGCUGUCGAUCCUGAACCGCGGAGACUCCGAUGAGGUCUCCCAGGGUCCGCGGGUCAUCGGCAGCUGCAACCUCGUGAAGUCCGAAGAGUCCGGGGAGAGCAGUAAGAUGUCAGCUCGAAGGGAUCGGCGAGGCUGCUAUAAGAGAAGGAGGAGUUCAGAUUCAUGGACAACAGAAAGCCCUAAUUUCACCGAUGAUGGACAUCAGUGGAGAAAGUACGGCCAGAAGUCGAUCCUCAACACAAAUUUCCCGAGGAGCUACUUUCGGUGCACACACAAGCUCGACCAGGGAUGCCAAGCAACGAAACAAGUCCAGAAGAUAUCGAAUGAUCCAUCACUGUACCAAACCAUUUAUCACGGUCAACACACUUGCCAGAACCUCCUCAAGGCCCCUCAAAUCAUCUUGGCGGACUCGAGCCCUAGGGACUCCUCCAUUCUUCUGAGCUUUAAAACCGAGAAAUCACCCAAUGACACUAGUGCUCGCACUGACAGUAAUAAGAACAUUGCCCUCUCGUACUCCCCAUUCCCCACAUUGGCCAUGAAACGCGAGGGCAAUGAGGUUAUUGCAACUAAUUGCAUGAAUGCAUCCCACAACCAAUCAUCCUCAUCCGAGUACGACGGUUUCCCAUCACCUGACUUUACAGUGUUUGGGUCUGAUCAAGGGGAAGCAUUGUCCAGCAGCCGUAGCUUUGAUCACAACACAGACCUGAUGAUGGACGGAGUUGAUUUCGAGGAUGUUUUCGACUGUCCGUUCUUGUGAUAGUUCCUGUGAGAGAGACUAGGUCGGAUCAGUUGAUUCUCGUGGAAUGGAUUUACCUGUCUAUGUCUGUAUUCUAUCUGCAAUAUAGAUUGAUGGAGCAGCUUCCCAUUACGGGGUAGUUACACUCGUAGUCGAUCAGUAGGUCAUUUAACCCUCAUAUUAGAGAUGCUUUCUUAUUAUUAGAGUUUCAAUGUGUAAAUAGACUGCACUAGGUGAUUAACACUUUGUUCCAUAUAUAAGACUGUAUUCAUAAUGUAUCAUUUUCGAAGCACUAUAUAUAAUUGUUAUGCUUUAUGACGA